GUACAGAAGUAAGUGAGUCCUGAAGCCAUAGACCUGCACUGAGCGGCCCCAUCUCCUCCCUAGGGGUCAGUGCCAUGGCCUGGCUGGUACUGCCAGGCAUACUACUGUGCAUGUUGGGUGCCGGAUCGGGCACUUCAGAUUUGGGGGACGCUCUGCGUCCUGCUCCCCACAACUGCCCCAAUACAUGCAUCUGUGCUGCUGAUGUAUUGAGCUGUGCCGGCCAUGGGUUACAGGACUUGCCGGUCGCAUUACCGGUCACUGCUGCAGAACUCGACUUGAGCCAUAAUGCACUCAGACGUCUGCACCGGGGCUGGUUAGCGCCCCUCUCCCGGCUGCGUGCCUUGAACCUAGGCUACAAUAAAUUGGAUAUGCUGGGCCGUGGUGUGUUCACCAAUGCCAGUGGCCUGAGAAUCCUUGAUCUAUCAUCUAAUAUGUUGAAGAAUCUCCAUACUCAUGACCUGGAUGGCCUGGAGGAGCUGGAGAGGUUGCUUCUGUUCAAUAACAGCCUGGUGCACUUGGACCUGGAUGCCUUCCAGGGCCUGCGCAUGCUUAGCCAUCUCUAUCUCGGCCGCAAUGACCUCUCCUCUUUUUCUUUCAACCACCUGCAUGGGCUGAGGACAACCCACCUGCGCACUCUAGACCUCUCCUCCAACUGGCUGAAACACGUCUCCAUCACUGAGUUGGCUGCACUGCCAGCUUUCCUCAAGAAUGGGCUCUACUUGCAUGACAACCCACUGCCCUGUAACUGCCACCUUUACCACCUGCUCCGGCGCUGGCGCCAGCGGGGCCUAAGCGCCCUUUGUGAUUUUGCACGUGAGUACACAUGCUUGGUCUUUGAGGUCUCAGAAUCCCGAGUGCGCUUCUUUGAGCAUAGCCGGGUCUUCGAGAACUGCUCAGCUGCUGCCGCUCGGGACUUAGAACUGCCUGAAGAGCAGCUGCACGCACAGGCGGGGCAGUCCCUGAGGCUCUUCUGCAACACCAGUGUGCCCGCGGCACGAGUGGCCUGGGUUUCACCGAAAAAUGAGCUGCUUGUCGCACCAGGCUCUCGGGAUGGCAGUAUUGCUGUGUUGGCUGAUGGCAGCUUAGCCAUAGGCAGGGUGCAAGAGCAGCACGCAGGCAUCUUUGUAUGCCUGGCAACUGGGCCCCGCCUGCACCACAACCAGACACUUGAGUACAAUGUGAGUGUGCAUAAGCCUCGGCUCGAGCCAGAGGCUUUCAACACUGGCUUCACCACACUGCUGGGCUGUAUCGUGGGCCUGGUGCUGGUGGUGCUCUACUUGUUUGCACCACCCUGUCGCGGAUGCUGCCACUGUUGUCGGCCGGCCUGCCGCAACCACUGCUGGCCACGAGCAUCGAGUCCACUCCAGGAGCUGAGUGCACAGUCCUCAGUGCUCAGUACUACACCGCCAGAUGCCCCCAGCCGCAAAGCCAGUGUCCACAAGCAUGUGGUCUUCCUGGAGCCGGGCAAGAAAGGCCUCAAUGGUCGUGUGCAGCUAGCAGUAGCUGAAGACUUUGAUCUGUGCAGCCCCCUGGGCUUACAACUCAAGGCUGGCUCCGAGUCAGCCAGUUCCACAGGCUCAGAAGGUCUCGUGAUGACCUAAAUGCCUGGGUGUCCCCACACAGACCACCUGCUGCUUGCCCUGUUCACUGCUGCAGCCUAGAGAACUGACAGAUGCUGGGGGAUGCACUGUGCCUGGUCCUAAAACUGCAUGUGAGCGCUGGCCUGUACCGUAAUAGUUUUAAUCACCGGUAAAGGGGUUGAGGCCCCCCACUUGCCCCUUGCUCUGCCUAGCUCAGGACAAGGCCUCAGACCAGUAGUAGAACCUGCUUCCCCUAGGACCUCAGAGUGACCAAAUGUCCCAGUGAGAUUAAGGACCUAGCCAAACUGGUAAGAGCCCUGUUUAUCAGAGCCCUGCGCCCACCCUCGGGAGGGAGUUAAUGCAGAUGCCAGGGCAUGGCACCUUCCCCUCCCUGCCAGGGAGCUCGCCAAGGAGGUCCAGCUCCUCUCUAAGAUGGAAGGAGGAAAUGAGUCCCUGUGCCGAAAGGACCCAGUCUGCUACCAUCCAGCCUCUGAAAGGCCUUCCAGCUAACUCCUGUGGGGUCUGCUAGACAUGUGACCUCCUUCAGGGACUUCCUACAAGAGUAGUCCUGCUGUCUUGAGCUAAAGGUGGAGCGAAUCCCAUGUGCUCUUCACAGUAAGAAAAGGCCUGGGCUCAUGUCCCUGGAGGGCAGGAGCCUCUCAAGGACUGGCACUCAGCUCAUCCUAAUG